AUGUCUGUCCCUGACGCAUCACCACCUUCCUGGGAUCUGACCCCGGCAAUCAGCCUACUACACUCGUUUAGCCUGGAAGGCUACCAACAUGAACGCCCCUCAAGCCCAAACCAAACACCAAAUGGCCUUAUCAACCAUGCCACGUUGGCCUCAAGUGGUUUAGGGGAUGCCGAACACGAUAAUAGCGCGCAACCUAAGCUUGGAGAUUUUGGCGCCCUUUUUACGUUUCUUUCUCAGACCUCGCCACCAAAGCUUGGUCCUGCCGCUGACAACACGGUCACCCAUGCUAUCAGUGGCAAGAAAGAUGUGCUGGAGACAGCUACAGUGCUGAAGCACCAGCACGAGGAGACCAGAUCUCCUGCUAAGAAAGCGAUACUCAAGCGGGAUACCAAGAACAUCGAGUCCGCGGGGUCGCCGGUACCACUAACGCCUGUCAGUGCUACUGUUGUGAUCACUCCUAAAUCCAUUCUUCGCCGGCCUACUGCUAUUGCUACUAUUGUUUUGGCUGAAGCCGCCCCUUCACCCCCCAAAGGGAAGAGGAUCGUUGGGUCUAUCAUUCAUAUCGAGCCGCUUCUGACUGGCUCUACAAUACAAAGGCAACAGGCUCUUGUCUCGUUGCUUCAAGAGAAACACGCCAAGGUCAGGAAUAACCUGCACCAUGGAAACCUACGUGAAUGCCUAUCCCGUCCUUUGAAGACUGCACCGGCAGGUAUUCACGUGUUUGUUGAUAUGUCUAACAUCAUGGUUGGCUUCCACGACUGCAUCAAGAAGUCAAGGGACAUACCUUUAACUACUCGAGUUCGUCGAUUGCCUCUAUCAUUUCAGAACUUUGCUCUCGUUCUCGAACGAGCGCGGCCAGUCAGCAAGAGAGUCCUUGUUGGCUCUGAUCGGUUUCCCGCCAUCGACGAAGCAGAGACGCUUGGUUAUGAGGCGAACAUUCUCGAACGAGUCCACAAGGCGAAGAUCUCAUCCCCCCGGAAGACGAAACUCUCUGGCGGUGGUGGAGAUAGAGCUGCCCGCCGCUCACUCUAUGAUCAGUCGAGCAGCUCCGAGACGAAUGCCCAAGCCUCCACCGAAAGAUGGGUGGAGCAAGCCGUAGAUGAGAUUCUACAUUUGAAGAUGUUGGAGAGCAUCGUUGACACCGAUACUCCCUCCACAAUUGUGCUGGCGACCGGCGACGCUGCCCAGGCUGAGUAUUCAGACGGGUUUUUGAAGAUGGUCGACCGUGCGCUGAGCAAGGGCUGGUAUGUUGAACUGGUUAGUUUCAGCUCCAUCACCAGCCGUGCUUAUACUCGGAAAUCAUUCCGGGACAAAUGGGGUUCUAGAUUUCGGAUUUUUGAGCUUGAUAUAUAUGCUGAAUAUCUGUUGGAUCUAUGA